AUGUCGCCAAGAAAACAUAAUCUUCGCAAUCGAAAGAGAAUCAAGACCCCUAGGAGAUUUGAGGAUGAGGAUAUCUCUACUUCUUCUCCUCCCCGCCAAGAGCCACAUGAAGAAUCAAAGGAAAGUUCUGAACUUGAGCAAGAAAUUUACGAAUCACCAAAACCAAGAAAGCCAAAAUCCAAAGCACGCGCAUAUCGUGGAGAAGUGACAGAAUUUAACCCCAAUCUCCCACCUGCUGCCUUUCCCACGCUCGAUCAUUCCGAUUAUGUGCACAACGGAGGAAACACUGCUUUCGACCUUGAGUCACAUUUGUCGGGGUCGCAGAGCCAAAAACCCAGGCUAGCGGGUUCUGAGGCAAUUAAUCCAAAUUUCAUCGGCCGGGGUCGCCACCGCGAACAGAUCGAUCUCACAGCAGAUCAUCCAACCAUGACAUCGACUACAGCAGAAUCCAGGCAUCGGGGGUCCCAAAAUGUGUUGCCUACAUCGAGUACGGUACAGAAACAGCCUCGAGCCAGCUUGUCCUCGAGCAUCUACGGAGAGCCUACCGACAACGGACCAAGGAACCCGAUAUGGGUAAGCAACAUGGCGCGUAUGAAGGAAGCUGGCAGAAUGAGCGACUUAGACAGAAAUAUCUUGGAAAUGGAAUCGAGUGACGAGGAAAAUGCAGCUGUCAGAUCCACAAAACUCGCCAGGACCGCCAGCAUUCCAGACUUCCCUGCUUGGAACAGUCUUACAGUCGCACACAAGCUGGACCUUGCAGAUGCCAUCGCAGAGCUCUACCCAGAUCCAGCACAAGUCAUGCAUCAGCUACGACUCAGUCUCUCUCAGAAAACAGAGCUGGUCGAGCUUCUGAUUCAACGCCAAAACCGAGUAGCUGGAGAGGAGGCGAAUCAACAAAGUCUACAGAAGCAGACACAGGACAUCCUCCUACAGGGUAGGCACUUGUCACAAUCGGCAUUCCAUCAGAUGGUGGAGGAAAACCUUUACGGGACUAUCAACGAGGAUGACCAUCUUCGAACAACCCUCAUGGAGUUGAAGAAAGCCAGAGCGUAUCUCAGAUACUGUGGGUUCGAUCCUGAAUUAGCUGACAGUAAUUGGGAUGUGCCGUCCAUCUCGGACGCUGCAAGCGGCACAAAACCUGGACCUGUGCAGAGCAAGCCUAAGGCGAGCCUUUCAAGCACCGCUGCUCAAAAUUCACCCAGUGCUUCAAAGGUGCCUUUUUCAAGGCGGCCGACUCUGGUCACUCCUUCUCAAAGAGCCUCGAAUCCACCUGAUGCUCGUCUCGAACCUGUACAACAACGCACUCAAGCAUUGCUGCCCGGACAUCGACCCACUCUUGUCCACGCUCUGAUCGCACAGCACUCUCCUGCAGCACCGCUGUCCAAGGUCCCCAUACAGUCCUAUCGAGUCGUACCCGGAAGUCAAAGUGGUGAUCUGCGUGCCAGAUACCAAAGCACAUCGCGCAUACCACCACCUACCCUACCAGCAUUACCAGUACAACGCAACACCUUGACAGGUUCAGAUCUACGAGCAUUCAACAAUGAACUCCUAAAAGCACGUGGUGCAUCAUCAGUUCUUCCCACCCCGCAAGAGGAGCACUCUUCGUCUGUAGGUUCACACUCUCGGGCGCCUCAAGGCCUGCCUCCGGCGCGAAGGGACCAAAAUCGCCAAAGCAACGGAAAUCCCAAUGUAGGGGCAUCAGCUCCGCAAGAAACUGGUGGCGUUAUGAAAAAUGGAGACUCGGUCAACAAGAAGAAACGGAAAAAGAGUGCGACUUGA